AUGUGUUGCGGCAUUUGUUCCUUGUGGACGUUCUGUAAUUUGGAUUUUCUCCUUUUGUCCACACUUUUUCUGCUGCCCAUAUAUGGCUUGACUGCUGGGGUGGACAUUGUCCUCCGUGUGUCCCUACUGCUAUCUCUGCUAUGUAUUUUGUCUCACCUGCUGCCGACCUCAACUUUUUGUUUACAAUCACUUUCCCAGAUUGGACUAAUUGCACUGCUGUGGUCUCUUCCUGUUAGCCUCCUACCCUACUCGGUCAUCUGGAUUUACAGUUUAGCUCUUCAGUUAGCCAGUCCUCUUCUGCUUUUUCAAGAAGUACUCUUUGUGAUUGUCCUUGCUACUGACCUAUUCAACUACUUCACUGAUCUAGCCGAAGAUGAUGAUGAUAAUUCUUCCACAUACAAUGGAAUCAUCACCGCCUUAUCCGUUAUUUUCUGUGCUGUUGCUUGUUACAUCACUUUUACGUACUUCAAUCAGGGUUGGUUGCCACUGUUUGUACUUACGAUAACCCUUUUUAAUUGUUUCUUGAUGUUGGUCUCUCGAUGUGGCCAGCUAUGGGAAGCCAGUUUCACCUUUUUCAUCAGCAGUCUGAUUUGCUUAGCCAUGAUUCAAGAGCUUAAGUCACAGGCAAAUGCUCAGGAAGUUGCAGAAGCCAUGUCUUCUCUCGGCCCAAAAGACUCCCUCAUAGAGUUUAUUUUUGCUCUCGGGCUGUUGACAUUAGAUAAAUUCCAGAAUCUCCAGAUGUGGCUGUACCAUUUCAUGACACCUGUGUUUGUUGCCAGCUUCUUCAUUCGCUUAUUCUCCGUGAAGUGGGCUAUUCUCAAGAUGCCAUCUCUGUCUGAUGACAGUGAGAUGGAAGUGGAUGUCAUCGAGGAAGAGAAUGUUUCUUGGUUAAAACGUCAACCAGUGUUGACCUGCAAGCUAUGCACAAUAUUUGUUUUGACUCAGUUGAUCUGUGAUCAGUUUUAUGAACUGACCGGCCACGGACCUCUUUUUCGACAGGACUGGUUAAAAGCUUGGUUACCUGACCAAGUGCUGAUCAGUCGAAUACUGCAAAUUGCCUUGGCAAAUAUAACACUACAGCAGUCUAUCUAUAGACGAUGGCAAGAAGGCGAUAUGCGAGACAAUUUUUUUUUUCUCUCUUUUUUUUUUUCUUGUAAUUUUUUUCCCCUCAUUUUCUUUCUCUUUUACUUUCUUUUCUUUCUCCCUUUUUUUCUUUUUCUUAUUUUUUGUUUCUCUUUUCCUCACUUUUUUGUCUUUUUCUUUUUUGUCCUCUAUUUUUCUUUUUUCUGUCUUCUUUUUUUCAGCUCUUUUUGUCUCUUUUGUUUUCUCUCCCUCUCGCUUUCUCGUCUUCUUUCUCCCUCUCUCGCUUUCUUGUCUUCUUUCUCCCUCUCUCGUCUUCUCUCUUGCUUUCUCGUCUUCUUUCUCGUCUUCUUUCUCCCUCUCUUGUCUUCUUUCUCGCUUUCUCAUCUUCUUUCUCGCUUUCUCGUCUUCUUUCUCCCUCUCUCGCUUUCUCGUCUUCUCUCUCAUCUUCUUUCUCCCUCUCUCGCUUUCUCAUCUUCUUUCUCCCUCUCUCUUGUCUUCUUUCUCCCUCUCUCGUCUUCUUUCUCGCUUUCUCGUCUUCUUUCUCUCGCUUUCUCGUCUUCUUUCUCCCUCUACUUUUCUCCUUUCUCCGUCUUCUUUCUCCUCUCUCGUCUUCUUUCUCCCUCUCUUUCAGUCUUUAUUUGUCUCUAUCUCGUCUUCUUUUCUCCCUCUCAAUGUCUUCUUUCUCCCUCUCUAAACUUCUUUCUCCCUCUCUCUAACUUUCUCCCUCUCUCGUCUUCUUUCUCCCUCUCUCAAUCUUCUUUCUCCCCUCUCAAGAUUUCCUCGUCUUCUUUCUCCCUCUCUCGCUUUCUUGUCUUCUUUCUCCCUCUCGUCUUCUCUCUUGCUUUCUCGUCUUCUUUCUCGUCUUCUUUCUCCCUCUCUUGCUUUUCUCCUCUCUCGCUUUCUUUUCUUCUCAAUCAUUUCUUUCCCAUACUCGCCUUCUUUCUCCCUCUCAGUCUUCUUUCUCCCUCUCUAGUCUUCUUUUCUAUUCUUUCUAUGUCUUCUUUCUCCCUCUCUCGUCUUCUUUUCUCCUCUUUCGUCUUCUUUCUCCCUCUAUUUUCUUUCUCGUCUUCUUUCUCCCCUCUCUAUAAACUUAGGUCUUCUUUCUCCCUCUCUAAGCUUUUAGUCUUCUUUCUCCCUCUCUGGCUUUCUUGUGGUCUUCUUUCUCCCUCUCUACGUCUUCUUUCUCCCGUUCUCAAAGCCAGAGUCUUCUUUCUCCCCUCUCAUCUUCUUUCUCCCUCUCUCAAGUUCUCAUCUUCUUUUUCCCUCUCUGUCUUCUUUCCCCUCUCUCGUCUUCUUUCUCUAAGCUUUCUUUCUUUCUUUCUCCCUCUCUUUCUUUCUUGUCUUCUUUCUCCCUCUCUCGUCUUCUCUCUUGCUUUCUUCUUCUUUCUAGUCUUCUUUCUCCCUUCUUGUCUUCUUUUUUCGCUUUCUCAUCUUCUUUCUUUUUUUUUUUCUUUCUCCCUCUCUCGCUUUCUUUCUUCUCCCUUUCUUCUUUCUCCCUCUUUUUUUUUUCUUCUUUCUUUCUCUCUCCGUCUUCUUUCUCCCUCUCUUCUUCUUUCUUCUCUUUCGUUUUCUUUCUCUCGCUUUUCUCGUCUUCUUUCUCCCUCUCUCGCUUUCUCUUUUCUUUCACCCUCCUCUCGUCUUCUUUCUAAGCUUUCUCGUCUUUUUUUUCCCUCUUCUCUUUUUCUUCUCUUCUUUUUUUUUCUCUUUCUUCUUUUUCUUUCUCUUUUUUUUCCCUCUCUAAGUUUCUUUCUCUCUCGUCUUCUUUCUCCCUUUCUUUUUUCUUUCUUUCUUUCCCUUUUCUCCUCUUCUUUCUUUCUCCCUCUCUUUUUUCGUCUUCUUUUCUCCCUCUCUCGUCUUUUUCUCCUCUCUCUCUUUCUUUCUCCCUCUCUUCUUUUCUUUUCUCCCUCUCUCUUUCUUCUUUCUCCCUCUCUUUCUUCUUUCUCCCUCUCUCUUCUUCUUUCUCCCUCUUUCUUUCUUUCUUCUCUUUUCUUUCUCCUCUCUUUCUUUCUUUCUUCUCUUUUUUCUUUCUUCUUUCUUCUCUUCUUUCUCCCUCUCUUUCUUGCUUUGCUUUCGUCUUCUUUCUGGUCUUCUUUCUCCCUCUCUUGUCUUCUUUCUCUUUCUCAUCUUCUUUCUCCUUUCUCGUCUUCUUUCUCCCUCUCUAAGCUUUUUCGUCUUCUCUCUCAUCUUCUUUCUCCCUCUCCUGGUCUUCUUUCUCCCUCUCUCGUCUUCUUUCGUCUUCUUUUUUCCUUUCUCUUCUUUCUCCCUCUCUACUCUUCUUUCUCCCUCUCUCCGUCUUCUUUCUCCCUCUCUCACUUUCUCAUCUUCUUUCUCUCUCUCGUCUUCUUUCUCACCUCUCUAGUCUUCUUUUCUCCCUCUCUCGUCUUCUUUCUCUCGCUUUCUCGUCUUCUUUCUCCCUCUCUCGUCUUCUUUCUCUCUCUCGUCUUUCUUUUCUCCCUCUCUCUUCUUCUUUCUCCCUCUCUCCUCUUCUUUUCCCUCUCUCCGCUUUCUCGUCUUCUUUCUCCCUCUCUCGCUUUCGUCUUCUUUUCUAGCUUUCUCGUCUUCUUUCCGCUUUCUCGUCUUCUUUCUAAGCUUUCUAGUCUUCUUUCUCCCUCUCUAGUCUUCUUUCUCCCUCUCUCGUCUUUUUUCUCCCUCUCUCUCUCUUUCUCGUCUUCUUUCUCCCUCUCUAAACUUCGUCUUCUUCCUCCCUUUCUCGUCUUUCCUCUCCCUCUUUCUCCCUUCUCCCUUUCUCUUCUUCUUUCUCCCCUCUCGUCUUCUUCUUUCUCCCUCUCUCGUCUUCUUUCUCCCUCUCGUCUUCUUUUUCCCUCUCCGCUUUCGUCUUCUUUCUCCCCUCUAGUCUUCUUUUCCCUCUUUCUCCCUCCCUUCUUCUUUUCUCCCUCUCUGCGUCUUCUUUCUCCCCUCUCUCUUCUUUCCUCGUCUUCUUUCUCCCUCUCGUCUUCUUUCUCCCUCCUUUUCUUCUUUUCCCUAAGCUUCGUCUUCUUUUCUCCCCUCUCGUCUUCUUUCUCCCCUCUAAAUCUUCUUUUCUCCCUCUCGCUUUCUCAUCUUCUUUCUCCCUCUCUCGCUUUCUCGUCUUAUCUCUCAUCUUCUUUCUCCCUCUCUCGCUUUCUCAUCUUCUUUUCUCCCUCUCUCUGUCUUCUUUUCCCCUCUCGUCUUCUUUCUACGCUUUCUCGUCUUCUUUCCUCUAGCUUUCGUUCUUUCUCCCCUCUCUCGCUUUCUCGUCUUCUUUCACCCUCUCUCGUCUUCUUUCUCUCGCUUUCUCGUCUUCUUUUUCCCUCUCUCGCUUUCUCGUCUUCUUUCUCCCUCUCUCGUCUUCUUUCUCGCUUUCUCGUCUUCUUUCUCCUCUCUCGUCUUCUUUCUCCCUCUCGUCUUCUUUCUCCUCUCUCGUCUUCUUUCUACCGCUUUCCCGUCUUCUUUCUCCCUCUCUCGCUUUCUCGUCUUCUUUCUCCCUCUCUCGUCUUCUUUCUCCCUCUCUCGUCUUCUUUCUCCCUCUCUCGUCUACUUUCUCCCUCUCUCGCUUUCUCGUCUUCUUUCUCCCUCUCUCGCUUUCUUGUCUUCUUUCUCCCUCUCUCGUCUUCUCUCUUGCUUUCUAGUCUUCUUUCUCCCUCUCUUGUCUUCUUUCUCCUUUCUCAUCUUCUUUCUCGCUUUCUCUUCUUUCUCCUCUCUUUCUUUCUCGUCUUCUCUCUCAUCUUCUUUCUCCCUCUCUCGUCUUCUUCUUUCCUCUCUCGUCUUCUUUCUCCUUCUCUCGUCUUCUUUCUCUUUCUCGUCUUCUUUCUCCCUCUCUCUUUUCUUUCUCCCUCUUUCUCGUCUUCUUUCUCCCCUCUCUCGCUUUCUCGUCUUCUUUCCCCUCUCGCUUUCUCGUCUUCUUUCUCCCUCUCUCGUCUUCUUUCUCCCUCUCUAAGCUUUCUAGUCUUCUUUCUCCCUCUCUCGUCUUCUUUUCUCCCUCUCUCCCCACUUUCUCAUCUUCUUUUCUCCCCCUCUCGUCUUCUUUUCUCCCUCUCUCGUCUUCUUUCUCUCGCUUUCUCGUCUUCUUUCUCCCUCUCUCGUCUUCUUUCUCUCUCUCUCGUCUUCUUUCUCCCUCUCUCGUCUUCUUUCUCCCUCUCUCGUCUUCUUUCUCGCUUUCUCGUCUUCUUUCUCCCUCUCUCGCUUUCUCGUCUUCUUUCUCCCUCUCUCGCUUUCUCGUCUUCUUUCUCCCUCUCUCGUCUUCUUUCUCCCUCUCUCGCUUUCUCGUCUUCUUUCUCCCUCUCUCGUCUUCUUUCUCCCUCUCUCACUUUCUCAUCUUCUUUCUCUCUCUCGUCUUCUUUCUCCCUCUCUCGUCUUCUUUCUCCCUCUCUCGUCUUCUUUCUCCCCUCUUUCGUCUUUCUCUCCUUUCUCAUCUUCUUUCUCCCUCUCUCGUCUUCUUUCUCUCUCUCUCCUUCUUUCUCCCCUCUCUCGUUUCUCCCUCUCUCGUCUUCUUUCCCUCUCUACGCUUUCCUGCGUCUUCUUUCUCCCUCUCUAGCUUCUACGUCUUCUUUCUACUUUCUCGUCUUCUUUCUGGCUUUCUCGUCUUCUUUUUCUAGCUUUCGUCUUCUUUCUCGCUUUCUCGUCUUCUUUCUCCCUCUCUCGUCUUCUUUCUCCCUCUCUGUCUUCUUUCUCCCUCCUCGCUUUCUCUUUUCUCUCCCUCUUUCUCCCUCUCUAGUCUUUUCUCCCUCUCGUCUUCUUUCUCCUCUCGUCUUCUUUCUCCCCUCUCCUUUCUCGUCUUCUUUCUCGCUCUCUCGUCUUCUUUCUCCCUCUCUCGUCUUCUUUCUCCCUCUCUCGUCUUCUUUCUCCCUCUCUCGUCUUCUUUCUCCCUCUAGUCUUCUUUCUCCCUCUCUUGCUUUCUUUCGUCUUCUUUUCUCCCUCGUCUUCUUUCUCCCUCUCUCUCGUCUUCUUUCUCCCUCUCUAGCUUUCUCGUCUUCUUUCUCCUCUCCGUCUUCUUUCUCCCUGUUUCAAGUCUUCUUUCUCCCUCGCUCGUCUUCUUUCUCCCUCGCUCGUCUUCUUUCUCCCUCUCUCGUCUUCUUUCUCCCUCUCUCGCUUUCUCGUCUUCUUUCUCCCUCUCUCGCUUUCUCGUCUUCUCUCUCAUCUUCUUUCUCCCUCUCUCGCUUUCUCAUCUUCUUUCUCCCUCUCUCGUCUUCUUUCUCCCUCUCUCGUCUUCUUUCUCGCUUUCUCGUCUUCUUUCUCUCGCUUUCUCGUCUUCUUUCUCCCUCUCUCGCUUUCUCGUCUUCUUUCACCCUCUCUCGUCUUCUUUCUCUCGCUUUCUCGUCUUCUUUUUCCCUCUCUCGCUUUCUCGUCUUCUUUCUCCCUCUCUCGUCUUCUUUCUCGCUUUCUCGUCUUCUUUCUCCCUCUCUCGUCUUCUUUCUCCCUCUCUCGUCUUCUUUCUCCCUCUCUCGUCUUCUUUCUCCCUCUCUCGUCUUCUUUCUCCUCUCUCCUUUCUCGUCUUCUUUCUCCCUCUCUGAUCUUCUUUCUCCCUCUCUCGUCUUCUUUUCUCCCUCUCUCGUCUACUUUCUCCCUCUCUCGCUUUCUCGUCUUCUUUCUCCCUCUCUCGCUUUCUUGUCUUCUUUCUCCCUCUCUCGUCUUCUCUCUUGCUUUCUCGUCUUCUUUCUCCCUCUCUUGUCUUCUUUCUCGCUUUCUCAUCUUCUUUCUCGCUUUCUCGUCUUCUUUCUCCCUCUCUCGCUUUCUCGUCUUCUCUCUCAUCUUCUUUCUCCCUCUCUCGUCUUCUUUCUCCCUCUCUCGUCUUCUUUCUCCCUCUCUCGUCUUCUUUCUCGCUUUCUCGUCUUCUUUCUCCCUCUCUCGUCUUCUUUCUCCCUCUUUCUCGUCUUCUUUCUCCCUCUCUCGCUUUCUCGUCUUCUUUCUCCCUCUCUCGCUUUCUCGUCUUCUUUCUCCCUCUCUCGCUUUCUCGUCUUCUUUCUCCCCUCUCUCGUCUUUUUUCUCCCUCUCUCACUUUCUCAUUUUCUUUCUCCUCUCUCGUCUUCUUUCUCCCUCUCUUUUCUUCUUUCUCUCUCCCCUUUCUCUCUUCUUUCUCCUCUCUCUUCUUUCUCUCUCUCUCGUCUUCUUUCUCUCUCUCUCUUCUUUCUCCCUCUCUCUCUUCUUUCUCCCUCUCUGCUUUCUCUCUUCUUUCUCCCUCUCUCUCUUUCUCGUCUUUUUCUCCCUCUCUUGCUUUCUCGUCUUCUUUCUCCCUCUCUCGCUUUCUGUCUUCUUUCUCCCUCUCUCUCUCUUCUUUUCUCCCUCUCUCUCUUUCUUUCUCCCUCUCUGUUUUCCUUCUUUCUCCCUCUCUCUUCUUUCUCCCUUUUUCCUGUCUUCUUUCUCCCCUUUCUUCUCUCCUCUCUGUCUUCUUUCCCUCCUGUCUUCUUUCUCCCUCUCUGUGUCUUCUUUCUCCCUCUCUUGCUUUCUCUUCUUCUCUCCCUUGCUUCCUUCUUCUUUCUCCCUCUCGUCUUCUUUCUCCCUCUCUCUCUUCUUUCUCCCUCUCCCUCUCUCUCUCUUCUUUCUCCCUCUCUCGUCUUCUUUCUCCCUUCUCUUCUUUCUCCCUCUCUCGUCUUCUUUCUCCCUCUCUCUUCUUCUUUCUCCUCUCUCUCUCUCUCUCUUCUUUUCUCCCUCUCUCGCUUUCUCGUCUUCUUUCUCCCUCUCUCCCUCGCUCGUCUUCUUUCUCCCUCUCUCGUCUUCUUUCUCCCUCUCUCGCUUUCUCGUCUUCUCUCUCUUCUUCUUUCUCUCUCUCUCGUCUUCUUUCUCUCGCUUUCUCGUCUUCUUUCUCUCUCUCUCGCUUUCUUCUCUUCAUUUUCGUUUUGCUUCUUUUUUACCUUCUUUCUUUUUCCAGGUUUAUUUUUUUGUUUGCUUUUAUUAUUUCUGGCUUUCUCUCUUUUUCUUUUCUCUCUCUUCUCUCUCUCUCUCUCUCUCUUUUUCUUUUCUCUCUCUUCUCUCUCUCUCUCUCUCUUUUGGCUUUUUUCUCUCCUUUUUCUUUGUCUUACCAUAUUUCUCUCUUUUUUUUUUUUUUUUCUUGUCUACCUUUUUUCUUUCAUAUUACCUUUUUUUUCUCUUUUUCCUUUUCAUUUUUCUCUAUAA